AUGUCAGCAAUGACCCUAACCCCAAGAUGUUACGUAUGGUUCAUUACAAUGUUUCUUUUAACGUCCAUCCUUUCAGGUGGCACUUUCUUGGUCCUUUACAUGACCCAACCUGAAACCCCAACCACUUCUUGGUACCCUGUCAUCGGAAUUUCUCUAGUUUGCCUACCUUGGUUCUUCUGGGUUCUAACCGUGUUGUAUCGUAUCAUCUCUCGAACCCUCGGUUUUAGGAUGGUUUGUUGGGGGAAAAGCAUGUUACCUGUCAAUAAUAGCAUGCGUAACGGUGGUGGUGGUGGUGGUGAUUGUGGUGGCACCACCACCGUAGAAGGUGUUGCUGAUGAUGGUAGUAGUUUGGAAAAUGGUACCACAGGUAACGCCACGGCUAACUAUUCUUCCUCACAGGAUGAUACGGAUGCCUCAAAGCAGGUUCAUUAUAGCGAUUCGGGUGGUCAAGGCGAGGAUCUUAACAACCUCGGGUCUUAUGGUGGCUCCAUCUCUUCUAUAGCUUCUCAUGAGAGCGAAUUGCCUUUGAAGCUGUCGAUGGUAUGACCGUAAUUGGAAGAGACGUACCGGUACCGGUACCGGUAUCGAUCUAGAUCAUGUAUGUAUAGGCAGCUUAAUUGGUCAUCGAACUCUCAAUCAAGUUAAUUUUCGUCGAAUUGAAGCCAUGUAAAUGAUGCUGUUGGGUAUGGCGCCCUUGCUUUUGAAUCAUGUAUAAAUUUAUCGUACACCCAGCUCCAGCUCCACAGGUAGAGAAUUUAUUAAUUAAUCAACUAGUGUAGACAAACAGAUUAUUGUCUUGAUCACCUUAAUUACUUUAUGUAGAGAAUAUACUUAAAUCAUAAUCAGCCUUUCAAGAUA